AUGUCCGUCAGCACGAUGAGCACCAUCGCCACGACGAAAACGCUCUUCGCCGUGUACUUCGUUGGCACCGCCGUCGCCAAUGUGCAGCACACCAUCGCCUCCCGCGCUGCAGCAACGGACGGCACCAACUCCCUCGACGGCUUCGAUCCGUUUCACCGCUUACUGGACCCGAACCGCACCCUUUUCGGCAGGACCCUGCAGGCAGCGGAUGAUGAUGAAGAUGACGACGUGGAACAACUGUGUUUUGCGGAAUACAGCGCUUGCGAGGAAGACGCCGCGUGCACGGCCUGCGUUGAUUCAGUCACCAUGGACGGAACGUGCUAUUCCGAGGACAUCAACGACUGCGCCGCGAUAGCCGACUACUUGUGCUGCAUUGUUGGGCCUGACUGCAGCGACAACGAGUUGCUCGCCGAUUACUUGAGCUGCCAGGUCGGGAUAUGCACGUUCGCCGACUUCUGUGAUCACUCGAAGACAUUCGACAGCGACGACAACAACGGGGGCGGUAGCAACGGAGACGACAUCGAGGACGAUUAUGAAGACGAUGAUGCAGAAUUGUGCCCUACCGAGAUGAGCACCUGCAUCGAAGACUCGGCCUGUAUGGCCUGCCUCAAUGGGGUUGCCGUCGACGAGACGUGCGAUACGGGCAACAUGACGGACUGCGCCGACAUGGCCGACUACUUGUGCUGCAUCGUCGGGGAUGCCUGCAGCGACAACGAGUAUCUUGUGGACUACGUCAACUGCGCGGCGGAGAUAGAAUCUUGCACUUUGACGGACUUCUGCGACCACACGACGUCAACCGAUAGCGACGAUGACGUCGACGGUGGUGGUGGCGGCGAUGACGACGCUACGGAAAUGGUCACUUCCUGCGCGGACGAAAUCGCAACCUGCGCUCAGGACGCCGACUGCCUGUCCUGCAUGAUGGCGCCAUCGGUUAACGACGGGUCCGAAUCGUGCGAGAACAUGGUCACGGCCGAUACCCCAUGCUCCGGCGUGGAAAACAUGCUCUGCUGCCUUUACGGGGACACCGAGACCUGUCGAGACAACGCUCCGUUCCUCGAAUUCGCCAGAUGA